UUUUUAGUUUGACAUUCAUUGGUUAGAAUCUGGUGGAGACUUUUUGUUGUGAUUGAUUUAUAUGGAUAAAUUAGAUAACUGCAGUGAUUUUAGUAAAUAUUAACCAUUAUAUUUGAUGUGUAGUAUGGCACAAGUAGAACAACCGAUAUUUAUAUUACCUAAGAAGCGAAAUGGCCAGAAGAAAAACACUGUAGCCAAUCAUGUAGACCACGUAAUUUGCGUUCAGGGAGCAGCAGAUGUCGAGUUGCCAAACAAAUACAAAAAUGGUCUUUCCCCUGUGACUGAACAUGUGGUCAACGGCAUCAUACAUUCCACCAUGGAAGGACUGAAAUCCAACAUGAAGAUAAACCUUCCUAUCAUAACAGAUGUCCAUGAUGAAGACAAUGAAUCAAAUGAUGGUGACAAUCAAAAGAGCACACAAAAAAAUGGUUACCAACUCUUGGCAAAUAUACACAACAGUCGAGAAAUCAUUGAUCUGUCACCAAUAUAUGAAAACUCAUCUGAUGCGUGCUCUAGUCAUGGAGACUUGAGAGAAAUCAAUGAUAAUGACUUGCAAAAAGGAUGCCGUAUCCUAAAUGAUUACAAUGAAAGUUCAUCUGCUACUCCAAACAGCAUGUCUCAGACGCAAUCGGAGAACAGCUUUGAAAUGGGACCUCUCACCGACAGCCUAAAAAAUAGUGCUAAAAGGAAAAAGAGAGUUAAUAUUGUACCAGACAUUAUUGAAUCUGAGAACACAGAUGUUGAAUUCACUGCUCUAAGAGUUGAAUCUGAAGGUUCAAUUUCACCUGAAUAUUCUCUUACUGAAAAUUCCAAAGAUGGUUAUCUAACUAUGACUGGCACAAUAAAAAGAGGUAAGAAAAAGGGCCAAAAUGUCGAUGUAAAAUUAAACAUCUCAAGGGAAGAGCUUGAAAUUAUUGAAGCAGCUAUUGUCGCUGAGGAAUACAAUAAGAUGGAUAUAUCAAAAUGCUCUCUCUACAAUGGGCCGCAUGUAUUCUUGUUCAGCUUGGUUUGUAUCCCAAUUGUUGCCUGCGUUUCUGCGAUAUAUUCCUUUUAUAUGGGAACUCUGACUUGGUACAAUAUCUUUACACAUGUGACUGAGAAUUUGAGCUAUGUGAAGAGGGUGUUUUUGGCUCCAAUUGUGAUAUUACUGUAUCCAUUUUUGAUAGUAAUUUUUACUGUUGGAUUGGGGCUGUAUGCUGGUAUUGUGCAGCUUACGUUCAGUGGGGCCAACUGGUGGAAGGAUGUGUGUGAUUUUGAGAAAGGUUUUUACGGAUGGUUGUGUAGCACUUUGGGUGUAUCCGAAUGUAGUCCAUAUGAGGUUGUAGUGCUGAUGGAUGUGAAGCCAACUUAGGAUAAUCAAUACAUUUGUAUUUCUAUUGAUAUUGCCAUAUUUUAGCAACAUAACUGCCAUUUGCGAUAAAUAUACUAUAAGUGCUUUCAGAUCAUGGAAUCAUAUUGAUUAGUGGAAUCAGUUAUUUCUGACAACUUGCUAACAUUAUAUGUCCACUAAUGAAUAAAGGUUUUAUUAUGUUUGAAUAUAAGAAUCAUAUCAUUGAUCUGAAAGGAAAUAGUUUAAGCAUAGAAGUUAAUAACUGAAAGACUAUUUUGGAACAUAGUCAAAAUGUAUACCUUUGUGUGAUUGUAUCUCUGUAUUGUUAAUGUAAGGUGUAAUCCGUGUUUGUAAUCAAAUUGAUUAGAAUUUUUGAGCAGAAUUUUUAAUGUAUACUGCCAAUGUAUGCUGCAUUAUAUAAUCAAGAUUGAUGAUAAUCUAAUUUUACAGUUGUUAGUAUUAUUUACAAAGGUUCGAAUCAAUAUAUUUAUUAAAAGAAUUAAGCAAUUAUUGUUAGCUGUAUGUAGCUAUAAAUCUAACUUUCAAUAUGAACAUGUUUGUAUGACCAAAAAGCAUUCUAUAAGAGCCUAGUGAUGGGAUGAACUCAUUUAGAAGUAAAUGAUAUAGAAAAUAAUAUGAAACAAAAUAAUAUUGACAAAAUUUUGAAAUAAGUUACAACUUUCUAAAGUUUAGUGUAAUAAGUGAUUUUCGAUAAAAGCUCAAAUCUUCCUUUGAUUUUUGAUCUUCCAGUAUUUGACAUUCCAUUGAUAUUGUUAUUGUAAUAUAUUUAUUUAUGAACAUUUAGUCAGUACCUAUGUACUCUAUACCAAGUGCUGACUGGAAUUCAUGCCAAAUUUUUAUUUGUAUUGAUCUAAAGUCUGAAUGUUAGAUUAUUUUCUUUUUCUAAUCUUUAUAUUUAUUUUUGUACAAGAAAAUGAUUUAAAAAAUAUUUAAGAAAUAUGUUUUCAUAUACAAAACUUCUCUAGUAGUAUACUACUUUGUAUGUAUACCUAGUUUUAAUUAUUAUUUUUGUUUGUUUUUGAGCAACAUAGUAAUCAGUCUUUCCUGACUUAGAAGAUAAAACCUAGUUUUUAUAAUUUGAUAAACAUGUUAUCUCUAACACAGCAAGCUUCAGGACCUCUGAGCAAUAAUACAAAAUAGUUUCCUUGUUAUAAUCAUAACUUUGUCACAUAUGCAAGUCAUUUUGAGAUUUGCUGUACAUUUAAUAGGGUAGUAAAAGCAAAUUAUGUAUUGCUUAGCAAAAUUUAUUUAUAACAGUAACUAUAAUAACAGGUGAUGCUUCAGCAAAACAUGUAUUCCGCAUUAUGCUUAAUUGUUUCUCAAAUUCAUUUCAUAAAGUAAUCUUGAUUAUGAAGACUGAUGUAUUCUAGUCACUAUUGUGGUAUGCGUUUUCUACAUAAUAAAAUAUUUUACAAAA